CCCACCCCGUUUCAAGGGUUCAACCGUAAACAGGAGAAUGCGGAAACCAGGAAGGUCUUCUUAAAAAGAUAAACAUACACCGCUAAGGUAGAAACGAGGAGGGUUCUGCUGAACACAUAGACACCCUGCUACGGUAGCCUUCCAGAAAUAUUCCCCUCUCCAGUGCAGUUAGUUACAGAUAGGCAGACUGCGACGACACGGUAGUCGAAAUCGGUCAUCAUGGCAAUGAAAAGAAUAAAGAGGGAGCUGGACGAAUUAAAGAAAGAUCCUCCGGCACAGUGUUCUGCUGGACUAGCUGCGGACGACUUGUUUCAUUGGCAGGCAACCAUAAUGGGCCCAAAUGACAGUCCAUACCAAGGGGGAGUCUUCUUCCUCACCAUACAUUUCCCCACCGACUACCCCUUCAAGCCCCCCAAGAUUACGUUCACGACCAAAAUCUAUCACCCAAAUAUCAACAGCAACGGGAGCAUCUGUCUGGACAUCCUCCGCUCCCAGUGGUCCCCGGCCCUUACCGUAUCCAAGGUGUUGCUGUCCAUAUGUUCGUUGCUGUGUGACCCCAACCCAGAUGACCCCUUAGUCCCGGACAUAGCCCAUAUUUACAAGAACGACAAAGAGAAAUACAACAAAUUAGCCAAGGAAUGGACCCUCAAGCAUGCAAUUAUGUGAAAAAGAAAAAUGAAACCAGAUUUUUUUUUAAGUCACAAUACACUGUAAAGUAGUAUGUAUAAAUAAAGUAACAAAAAAUCAAUAUGUACCACCGUCGAAACUUAACAGCCAUAUAUCCUGACUUGGCGUUUUUGUUUUUAAAUAUAGCUUUGUAUGUCAUCAAUGAGGGACCCUUAAGAAAAUUAACCCAUUCCUGAUGUCCACUUGGUGGGAGCAAUGACAUUAUAACAUUCCUUAUAUCACGCAUCUUAAUAUGUCUGGGCUUCUAUUAUGAAUAGUUUAUCAUGUUUUGUGUACAGUAUUAAAGCAUCAGUGAACCCAU